AUGGAGGUGGGGACGUGGGCGGUGCUGGUGGCGGCGCUGGCCGCGUACAUGGCGUGGUUCUGGCGGAUGUCGCGGGGGCUGCGCGGGCCGCGGGUGUGGCCGGUGCUCGGCAGCCUUCCCGGCCUCGUGCAGCACGCCGAGGACAUGCACGAGUGGAUCGCCGCCAACCUGCGCCGCUCGGGCGGCACCUACCAGACCUGCAUCUUCGCGGUGCCCGGCGUUGCGCGCCGCGGCGGGCUGGUCACCGUCACCUGCGACCCGCGCAACCUGGAGCACGUCCUCAAGUCCCGCUUCGACAACUACCCCAAGGGCCCCUUCUGGCACGGCGUCUUCCUCGACCUCCUCGGCGACGGCAUCUUCAACUCCGACGGCGACACCUGGGUCGCGCAGCGCAAGACGGCGGCCCUAGAGUUCACCACGCGCACGCUCCGCACUGCCAUGUCCCGCUGGGUCUCCCGCUCCAUCCACGGCAGGCUCCUGCCCAUCCUCGCGGACGCCGUCGCUUCCAAGGCGCACGUCGACCUGCAGGACCUCCUCCUCCGGCUCACCUUCGACAACAUCUGCGGCCUCGCCUUCGGGAAGGACCCGGAGACGCUCGCCGAGGGCCUGCCCGAGAACGAGUUCGCCUCCGCGUUCGACCGCGCCACGGAGGCCACCCUCAACCGCUUCAUCUUCCCCGAGUGCCUGUGGCGGUGCAAGAAGUGGCUGGGCCUCGGCAUGGAGACCACGCUCACCCGCAGCAUGGCGCACGUCGACCAGUACCUCGCCGCCGUCAUCAAGACGCGCAAGCUCGAGCUCGCCGACGCCGCCGCCACGCACGACGACCUGCUCUCCCGCUUCAUGCGCAAGGGAUCCUACUCGGACGAGUCGCUGCAGCACGUCGCCCUCAACUUCAUCCUCGCGGGCCGCGACACCUCCUCCGUGGCCCUCUCCUGGUUCUUCUGGCUCGUGUCCACGCACCCGGCUGCGGAGCGCCGGAUCGUGGCCGAGCUCUGCGCCGUGCUCGCCGCGUCGCGUGGCGCCCACGACCCGGCAUUGUGGCUGGCGGAGCCCUUCACGUUCGAGGAGCUCGACCGCCUCGUCUACCUCAAGGCGGCGCUCUCGGAGACGCUCCGCCUCUACCCGUCUGUUCCCGAGGACUCCAAGCACGUCGUCGCCGACGACUACCUCCCCGACGGCACGUUCGUGCCGGCCGGCUCGUCCAUCACCUACUCGAUAUACUCCGCGGGGCGCAUGAAGACGGUGUGGGGCGAGGACUGCCUCGAGUUCCGGCCGGAGCGGUGGCUGUCGGAGGACGGGACCAAGUUCGUGCAGCACGACUCGUACAGGUUCGUCGCGUUCAACGCCGGGCCGAGGGUGUGCCUGGGCAAGGACCUGGCCUACCUGCAGAUGAAGAACAUCGCCGGGAGCGUGCUCCUCCGGCACCGCCUCGCCGUCGCGCCGGGCCACCGCGUCGAGCAGAAGAUGUCGCUCACGCUAUUCAUGAAGGACGGGCUACGGAUGGAGGUAUGUCCGCGCGACCUAGCCCCAUUCCUCGACGAGCCCUGCGGCGUGGAAGCCGCCGCCGCCGUGGCAGCAGCAGCAGCGAGUGCCACAGCGCCGUGCGCGUAGAAGACCUUGCUUGGCCUGCGCCAUGCUUCGUGCUGUUUGUUGGAAAGAUACCGGACAUUGAAUGUGUAGAUAGAGCAGCGGUACAGGACCGUAAGUAAAUUGAAGAUGGGGUUGGUGACAACAUUCAAGUCACCCUUUUCCAGAAUUUACAGUCCGGAUAGGAGAAAACCGGGAAACUUUGCAGAUCACAAGAUCUAGCUGGAUUUGUAUUUGCAGCACAAUGGAUGAAGGAAAGCAAAAAAUAACAGAAAUAGAUUGGGUAAUUAUUUGCCAUGUAUCGUAGCCAUGAAGCAGA